AUGGGUGAUAGUGCCCGAAGCAAUGAGCGAAGUCAAAUAGCCACCUUUUUGGAUCAAUUUGAAGAUAUUCUAGCUAUGAAAAGAGUGGUUACGCUGGUUUUAGACGAUCCAGCUGGCAACAGCUAUAUCCAGAGCUUGAGCGCACCCCUUGAAGAUCCCCGUUUGGUCAAAGAGUUCUACGAAAGAACGUUUGACCAAAAUGAAGAGUUGGGUUUGAACGACAUGAAAGUGGAAAAUUAUGAGGAACUCGAAACGGUCAAAGAAGAAGCGGAAGAAGAAGUUAAAAAAUGA